AUGGAAGUGGGAAAUUACUCAGAGGCAACUGAGUUCAUUUUUUCAGGACUGACAGAUCGUCCGGAGCUGCAGGUUCCCCUCUUUGGGGUGUUCCUACUGAUUUAUAUUACCAGCCUGGUCUGUAACGGUGGGAUGAUCUUGUUAAUCACGAUUGACCCCCGACUCCACACCCCCAUGUACUUUUUCCUCCGGAAUUUGUCUUUCAGUGAUCUCUGCUUUUCCUCAGUAAUUGUCCCUGAGAUGCUGCAGAAUUUCUUAGCCAAGAGGAAAAGCAUUUCUCGCACUGCCUGCGCUGUGCAAAUGUAUUUCUUUAUCUGUUUUUCAGAUAUGGGGAGUCUCUUGCUGGUUGUGAUGGCCUAUGACCGUUAUGUGGCCAUCUGUAACCCGCUGCACUAUACGGUUACCAUGUCCAGGCAGCUUUGUAGCCUCAUGGUGGCUGGUAUGUAUGUUCUGGCAUUGGUGGAUGCAUUAAUAGAAACAUGUUUUAUAUUUCAGCUGUCAUUCUGCCGCUCCAACGUCAUCAAUCACUUCUACUGUGAUGUGCCCCCAAUGCUAGCGCUCUCCUCUUCUGACAUCCGCACGAGUGAGACUGUGAUUCUGACCUUAGUUGGCUUCAUUGUAGUGAGCAGUGUGGUGAUUGUCCUCCUCUCCUAUGUCUACAUCAUCUCCAGCAUCCUGCGGAUCCGCUCCGCCGAGGGCCGGCGCAAAGCCUUCUCCACCUGCGCUUGUCACUUGAUUGCGGUGGGCAUGUUUCAUGGCAGCCAACUCUUCAUGUAUGUACGACCCACCUCCAGCUAUUCCAUGGACACCGACAAAAUCGCCUCUGUGUUUUACUCGCUGGUGAUCCCCAUGCUGAACCCCCUCAUCUACAGCUUCAGGAACAAGGAGGUGAAGGGCGCCCUGAGGAAAGCCAUGAACAAACUCCUGACCAAAUCUGGAUAA